AUGUUUCGGCAAAGAUAUAUUGUCUUUUUGGCUCUUGCUGUUGUUGUUAUUGUUGUCAAGGCAGAGAGUCCUUCCUUACAGGGAAUUCUUAUCAAUGGGCAAUUUUCAGGUCCUGAUAUCUACUCUGUUACCAAUGACAAUCUCAUUACUAAUGUCUACAACAACUUGGAUGAACCUUUUCUUUUAUCAUGGUUGCAACAAAUGAGAAACUCGUACCAAGAUGGGGUGUAUGAAACUACAUGUCCGAUCCUACUAGGCAAGAAUUUUACUUACGUUUUACAGGUGAAGGAUCAAAUAGGUAGCUUUUUCUAUUUCCCUUCUCUUGCUUUCCACAAAGCAUCCGGCGGUAUUAGGAUCCUUAGUAGACCGAGAAUUCUGGUGCCUUUUCCCGUCCCUACUGGCAUUUUCACCCUUCUUAUUGGAGAUUGGUUCAACCAUGACCACUGCUUACCAUUAUUGCAGCAAUUGAAAGCUAUGCUAGAUGGUGGUCAUAAGCUUCCUUCCCUUGAUGAUAUUCUAAUCAAUGGUCAUGGAUCUAAUGAUGCUUCCUUCACAGUUGAACAAGCGCCCAAUGACAAACAUGAUCUACAGGGUCAGGCGGCGUCAUCAGUGGGACCGGCGGUUGCAGUGCUAAUCCCUCCAGGCGGAUCUUCGAGGUUUAGGAUAUCCAACGUUGGGCUUCAAAAUUCAUUAAAUAUCAGAAUUCAGGGUCACAAAAUGAAGCUGGUGGAAGUAGAAGGAACCCACACUGUUCAAACAAUCUAUGAAUCACUUGAUGUCCUUGUCGACCAGUCUUAUUCUGUGCUUGUUACCAUGGAUCAAGCUGCCCAGGAUUUCUACAUUGUGGCCUCGACUCGGUUCACCGACAAGAUCAUUUCCACCACUGCCAUUCUUCAUUACAGUAACUCAAACAAACCAGUUUCAGUACCAAUUCCUGGUGGACCAACUGACCGAAUAGAUUGGUCUCUUAACCAGGUUCGAUCCAUCAGGACAAAUUUGUCUGCAAGUGGACCAAGGCCGAAUCUACAGGGCUCGUACAACUAUGGUCUCGUUAACAUUACUAGAACAAUCAAGCUAGUGAGCACAGCUGCUCAAGUAAAUGGGAAGCAAAGAUAUGGUGUUAACAGUGUGUAUUUUCUUCCAGCUGAUACACCUCUGAAACUAGCUGACUACUUCAAGAUCGGAGGUGUUUUUCGAGUCUGA